AUGGAUUGUGACAUUCUCUACGUAGACCCCAAGGUGGAAGCCAAGAAACACAAGCUCAAGAGACUUGUACAGAACCCCAACUCAUUCUUCAUGGAUGUGCGCUGCCAAGGUUGCCUCACCAUCACGACCGUAUUCAGCCACGCACAAACGGCUGUCAUAUGUGGCAGCUGCAACGUUGUCCUCUCGGAACCUACAGGCGGAAAGUGCAGACUCACCAAGGGAUGCUCGUUCCGCAGGAAAGUCGAGUAA